AUGCUCAAAGUGCACCUUCAAGCUCGUCUCGUCAAGUCUCUCGCUCUCCCCGCUUCCGUCGCCGCCGGCGCCGCCCCGACCACGGCCACCGGGGCCUUGGAAGAGAUUGGCGCUUCACGGAGAGGUUUCUAUCUCGUCCGCUUAUCCGGUCUUUAUCUGCUCCCACUCUCCAGUGAGCUCCUUCUUCGACCCAAUCAGAGACUCCCAACUCGGGUUUUUGGUGGAUACUUUGCCUGAAAACCCUUGUGGUUUCUGCCGCUUGCUGGGAGUUGGAUUGAUAAAUCCUUAAGAACUAAGGCAUCUACCAUGGCCUCAAUGAGUGACAUCUGCUUGCUGUAACUACGAGCGUUUAAGGGCCUUUAGCUGGGAGUUUCAGAAGAAAGAAAUGGUAGUUCUACCCUCAGGCUUUGGCCGAAUCAAGAGUUUAUCGGAGGACUUCGUCAAUUGUGCUUGCCAUCGAGUGUAUCAGAGUUGACUGACAAUGCGAGUUGGAUUAUUUAAAUAUGUAUGGAGGCUACGUUGCACCGAAGUUAUCAGGUGUGGGGUGAUGAAGAGUUGUCUCACAUUCGUUCUUUUUGGUGUAGUUCAAGCCAAAAUUCUUUAGAAGUGGAGAAAUGAGAACACCAUUCUUUUCGAUGAAUCAUAUUUAAACAAGGUUUCCUAGAAUAUUCUUAGAUCCGAUGAGCUAAAAGUUCCUGUUUACAUAGACUCAUCUGAGUUAAAAUGUCUGAAGGUGUCCUGAACAUUCUGAAGAUGAAUAUGCUCGCCGUUUUGUGCUUAAUGCUACGUGGGUAAUGAUAAAACAUCAUCUGUGUUGAUAUAUACAUAUAUUUCAAUUGAAAUAAGGACGUAAGUGAGGUUAAAGGCCAUUUUCUUCAAUUUCUGAAUAGAGCUUCUUUCAUUAUCCUAGUUUACCUAACUCCUUUAGCGAACACCAAUGGGCAGUGACAGGUUGAGCCACAGUAGACCAUCUAUAUUUUCCUGCCCUUUUGUGGUAUUUGUUAGAUUUUUAUUUAUUUUUGGUCUGCCUUUUAAAUGAAGAUUAAUGAUGGUCCUGUGGUUGAUGCUCAUAAGAUUAUGUGCAUAUUGGUAAUUUUUUUUUUAACUUUUAUCUAAAAGAAAAGGAAAAUGAGGAUUGCAUAUGAGUUCUAAGGACCAUAUUUUUCAAUUUAUGAAGAAUUUUUCUUUCAUUACCCUCUCCUACAUAGCUUCUUUAGGCAUGGCAAAUUGGAAUGGCACCACCUGGCUCGGCCGAAGUCAACUAUCUAUAUUUGCCUGCCUCCUGUGCGAGAUGUUAGAAAAGGAGAAGAAGACCCAUUGAGUCUUUUAAGAUAAUUUUAAGUUAUGACCCUGUACUUGAUACUGACCACAUAGCCCAUGUUGUAGGUUUGGCCAGAGUUGUCUUGAAGAAGGGCAAAACACAGCUAUUUCGUGAUGGAAAUCCCAUGGUGUACAGUGGUGCAGUUGAUAGAAUCAUUGGUCGACCACCUCCGAAGACUGGCGAUGCAGUGCUUGUGGCAGAUGGAUCAGAGAAGCCCAUUGGAUGGGGUUUGUAUAACUCAGUCUCCAUGUUUUGUGUACGGCUAAUGCAGCUAGAAGAAGAGGUGGCCAGGUAGAAGCUUUACUCACAGACCUUUCUUUCUAUCUCCCUGAUCGCUAGACCGUGUACCUUUUUCUUCACAGAUGAGGCACUUUUAUGUUUUCUUUCAGAGACCCGUGCUGUGUGCUGAACAUGGACAAGCUCAUUGAAGCAAGAAUGGUUGAGGCAAUCGAGUUGCGUAGGAGUAUGGGGCUUCCCUCCAUGGAUACAGAUGCCUUUCGCCUUGUUAACAGUGAAGGAGACAGGUGAGUCCUCUUCCAUUACCUCUCUAGCUUUUAGGCUAGCUUAUCUUUUUUCUAUCCUCUCUCUAAAACUACACUUGCUGUAUGUUGGGUUGACUGGUAUAAACUGUAUAAUCUAGGAUUAGUUUUUAAUGAUAAGUAUUAAAUAUUCAAAUAAAAACUGUUAAAGUCUCUCAGUAUGGUUAGUAGGCACGUUUCCAACCCCGGUGGUCUGCAUGUCUGACAGCCAGGCCUGAAACUGGAUGCCACAGUUAAUGGUAAGCAUGGUUGAUGUGUGAUGGAUGUAAGAUUGAUGGGGAGUUGAGAAGUGAGAGAUGAUUUUUGAUUUUUUUUCAAGAUUAGCCGUUAGUAUGUGGUGCAUGUAUCACUGCUCUAUUGCUUUAUUAGAUGCUAAUAUUAACAUGUUUUCCUACGACUUUUGCAAUCACUCCCAAUCCCAAGUUUUGCUCUUCGUAUUUUUAUCUCCUGCCUCCUCUGCUGGCCAGGGUUCUGAGUGGAUUCCUUGACACCAUUACCUUGUCACCAUGAAAAUGGCCACUGUAUCCGCAUGUGAACUACUGGUCGUUGAUCCAUUGGUCUCAUGGUCCUUUUGCUCCCAGCCGCCUGCAGAUUAGGCCUCCAGAAGUCUCUGUUCACUUUGAUGAACAACAUGUGACGGGGAAUCUGAAAACUUUGAAUCCUCUGAGCAAUCCUUGUCUUUCUGUUCUAGCAGUCCUUCAAUGGACAAACUAUGAUCAAGGGUGGUAUUAGGACCUUUGAGUGAAGGAGAAUAGUCCCAGUAUGGGAAAGUGAGUCAAACUUUGGCUUUCCACAUCAUGAUUGGAAAUUAUGGAUUUUUAUUUAUUUUUAGAUAGUGAAAUGGUAUCAGAGUCUAUGCUUCAGUCUGGUCCCAUGUCAGCCGAGGAGUGGAGGUACGAGAUGAUGAUAAGAUUAUAAUGAUAUUUGUCAUCAGGAGCUAUUGAUUGCUUUAAUAUAUUACAAUGACGAAAUAAUAUUGCUAGUCAUGCAUUAUAGAAAUCAUGAAAGGAUGGAGACGAGAAUAUUAAUGAAGCUGUCUGGCUUGUUUAAUGCGAUGGGCAAGAGAUUCUCUCUGUCGCAAUUGGUUUUUUCAGUGUUGGAAUGGUAGGCAUGAGGGAGAGUCUCUUGAAGAUCACACUUGGUUUUGAUGGCAAGUUCCUCAUGUUUACAUUGUACAUCGAAGCUGUCCCACAAAGUCUCCACGCUUCUUGGAAACACCCAAAGCAAGUUGGUUCAUGAAGCUCUGAUCAGAUGAUCAUAAUAUGAAAUUGCUUUAAAGAAAUAUCUCCUUAUGGGUCAUGUAUUUCAAGUUGGAUUUGCCUUUUUUGGCUAGGUGGUUGCUCUUGUUUAGGUUAAAUACGUUAGAGCUAGAUUCUCCCUUUUAAAACUGGAUCUUUAUUCUUCUUGGUUUAACAUUUGUUGUGCGAGACUUUUAAAAAUAAAAUUAUUACAUCCAAUGAGAUGGUAAAAACAUGGAUGUGAGUGACGGAAAAGUAAGAAAUGUAACAUAAUUAAUUUAAUGAACACAUUUUUUUCCAAUAUUUUACAUGGAGUAUAUCACAGCCUAUUUUUAUGUAGUUCAUGCUCAGAUUCACCUUCUCUAUGGAUAGUAAGUAAAGUGCAGUAAACAUGCAGGAACAUAACCCCUUGAUCUUCUGUCAUGCACACUUGUUCUAUGUAUUGACCAUGUGGAGCUAUCUCCAUGUCCAUUCAUAUGAGUAGACUGAUACAUGGGUGCUUCCGAUGCAUCUCCCUAUACACAGAUGAGAGAUGUUGGUACUAAUCUGCAAGAUUUUACUAUACCUAUAGUUUCUAUUGAGAUUGUAGCUAUAUGUUUUCUGACGCCAAUCUAUACCUUAGUUUUACAUUUUAAGCUUUGAACAUUUGUUUAUGGCUUAAGAAGUUUUAGUUUCGACUCUAGUACAUAUCAUAUGCUUAGAUUUCAUUAUUUUAAUUCCGAAAAUAUAAUAUUCAUAUAAUAUAUUGCAUUUAAUUCUUUAAAAUAUCUAUGAAAUCAAUUAUUUAAAUUCAAUUUCUUAUUUUCUAUCAUGCUGGUGGCUAAAGGGGCUGAAUUGUUUGGAAAGCUAAAGGUAUUGUAUCCACGAGGAGAAGCGCACAUUCAUCAUGGUCCAUUCUAACAAUUUAUGUCAAAAAAUUCAGCAUGCUUUUGCUUUAUAUCUUUGCUUGGAAACCUUCAAAUCAUUGUGCUCCACUUGCUCCUCGUGGAAACUUUUUCCAACUAUUUUCUAUCACGAAUGCCAUCAACAGAUUGAGAUGAAAUGCCACAUUAGUAUCCUGCGUGUAGAUUGAAAUGAACAGAUAAACCAAAACCAGAUACCACAUAUAUAUGAAGAAAGGAGACCAACCAAAUUUGUUAGAGAAAGAUAGAAUUUAUAUAUUUUAUUUUUAUAUAUUCACAAAUAGUCAGGUGCACUGUAUGAAUCUCCUUUCCUCCUUUCUGUAAUCUUUUAUUGUUUCAUUUGUGAAAUGAAUUUAUUCUGUGAUUUAUGAAUACAUUUACUAUUUGUGGCAGGUUGUCAGGCCUGAUAGUUGAUAUUUUUGGGAAUGUUGCUGUUGUAGCAUCAUCUGCUGCUUGGGUUGAGAAAUAUAGAGCAGAAAUAGAACUCUGCAUUCGGAAGAUUAGUGGCAUAGAGCAUGUGAGAUGGAGACCAUCCAUCGAAAUUCUGAAAGAAGAAGGUUUGAAUAUCUUAGAUGAAAGUGAUCCCAGCUCCUCUGACAUUUCUGGAACAGUGAAGGUAGGGAGGCUUUCUCAGUGUCACAUCAUCCCCGUUAAUGAUAUGCACAGGCUGUUGACCACAGUUGAAUAAUGAGUACAUGUUCACUUAUACCGGUGCUUCUGUAGCUGUUUACUCAGGGUCAUAUCCAUGCUCAUUUAUUAUUUCGUAUUUUCUCAUUUUAUUAAUUCUUCCUUCAAUCGUGACUUUUUUUACCCUGUUCAUGAUGAGAAUUUCAUAACAUAUUGCACGCAUAUGCAUGUAGAUGCUAAAUAUGGUAGUAAAACAAUGUAAUCAUCUCUGAUAUGUCAUGGUAAAGAAUCAAGUCGGGGGGCUCAAAUCAAUAUACAAUGACUGAAGUAGGCCCAUAUAUUUGAACUGUUCUGAAGUUUCUAGUGGGGGAUCACAGGAGGUGCCCAGGUUCUAAGGGGGCGGAUCACAUUAUUUCUGCUCCUGAUGCAUUCCAUAUACUAACCAGGUGAAGGAGAAUGGCAUCCGGUACUCGAUUUCCUUGGAGGGCCAGAAAACAGGAUUUUAUGCCGAUCAGCGAGAAAGCCGCCAGCUGAUAACAUCAAUCUCAAAGGGCAAGAGGGUUCUUGAUAUCUGCUGCUACAGCGGUGGCUUUGCCCUGAACUCUGCGAGAGGGGGUGCAAUCGAUGUCAUUGGUAAGGAAGAAUUCACCUCAAAUGUGGGGAAGUCAACCUUAACAUAUUUGUAUCAAGUGUCAUCCUGAUAUCUAGGCUCUCUAUUAUAAUUAUUCUUAUGAAAGCAUCAAUUGAUGUAUAUUUUAUAUUCUUUCAGUUUCAUAAUUUUCUGACUAGGAGUUGACCAUGUGUAUUCAACUGCAUUUUAUGUGAGAUGCUACUAGGUGUUGAUUCCUCCUUGCCCGCUCUGGAGCUUGCAAGAGAAAACAUUGUUCUUAAUGAAAUGGAUCCGAGCCGGAUAUCUUUUGUGAAGGAGGAUGCAACUGCGUUCAUGAAAGGGGCUGCUUCAAGGCAGGAAUCAUGGGACCUUGUGAUCUUGGAUCCUCCAAAACUGGCACCCCGGAGGAAGGUAAUCUGUUUUUGGAAACAAUUACGGUAAUUAUAGCAGACCAGAUAGAUUCUUGAAGAUGAUUUUUUUUCCCUUCCCAUUAUAAUAUAUUCUAAUUAAGGCACAUUUAUUAUAUCUAGAAGAGUAAGAAAGAAAAAAUCUUGAGCGAGAAAAUCUAAUAUUUUUUUUGACAUAGUUAUAAUCUAUAAACCUGUCUGUGGGCCCCACAUGGGUUCUUCCCCAGGCCCUUCAAAGUGCUUCAGGGAUGUACAGAAGCCUCAACUCCCUGGCUAUGAAGAUCACAAGGCCGGGUGGUCUACUCAUGACAUGUUCUUGUUCCGGAGCGAUGACCCAGAGUGGAAUCUUCCUGAACAUUCUUCAGGUAUACUAUUUUUGCAUAAACCCAUCCAAAUCUCUCUCUCUCUCUCUCUCUCUCUCUCUCUCUCUCUCUUUCUGGAGCUUGAUUCUGAAGAGCAUUGCCCAUGGAAACCGGGGCCAGGUUCCAAUCAAAGCAAGAUCAUUAACACACCUAAGUUUCAUAUGAUUUCUAGACUAGUUAUCUUUCUAUCUCUGAACAAAGUAAAAAAUUAAACUAGGGUUUACCUUGAUUGCUUUCAGAAUGCGGCUUCAAUGGCCGGACGGAAGAUCACUGUGCUUCGUCAAGCUGGAGCAGCUUGUGAUCAUCCAAUUGAUCCCUCAUACCCAGAAGGGGCGUACCUUUCCAAUGUCCUGCUGAGGGUUCAAUAG